AUCGCAUAUUCCUGCCGUAAGGCGGACCUUACGAAAUCCUUUAUUAUAAAAACCAUGCCCGAGCAGGAGGGCCAGAAGAAGGAGUUUCUAGGGGAUGCGCACAUCUUUCCCACCGAGAUAGCAAUGUAUACGGAAGUGCUACCAAAAUUUCAGGCUAUACUUCGUGCGGCUGGAGAUAAUACCAUACUUUCUGUGCCUUGCGUCUAUCAUAGCUUGAAGCCGAGACAAGUGAUGGUGUUCGAAGAUAUGAUACCCCAGGGGUACCAUGUUGUGCGCGGCAGAGACGCGAAUGUAGAUGAACUCAAGGCAGCACUCACCAAGCUGGCCAAAUGGCAGGCAGUCAGUUAUAAAGUCCUGGCAGAGCAGCCCGAACUCUUGGAUAAAUGCCGUUACGAUUUGACGGAAAUACCAAAUUUUUUGGAUCAAAAAUUUAUAACAGGUGGUCUACCAAAUUUCAUUGAGAUGCUGGGUCAAGUCCCAAGUUUAAGUAAAUAUCAAAGGUAUUUCGACGUCAUGCGGAACACGCUUCUAAAAAGCUGGGCGACUACAUUACGCGAGUAUCGAGAAAAUCAACGUUCGGGCACGUACUAUGUGCUCUGUCAUGGGGACUUUCAUUUGCGUAACAUGAUGUUCAAAAAUAAUAAAUCAACUGAUGCUUUGGAGGAUUGCAUGCUACUUGAUUUUCAAAUAUGCAAUGUAGGUCCCAUGACCAACGAUCUUAUGUAUGCCAUUUAUAUGUUGUUUAGUGCUGACAAUCGGAAACACAAUCGAGAUGAAUUGGUUUACCACUUCUUUGAUACAUUCUCCAAGACAUUGCAAAGUAUUAACUACAAAGGUCCGAUGCCGAAGCUAGCAGCGUUAAGGGAUCAAAUGUUUGAGAGAAAGAAUAAUGAUGUGCUUAGUAAGCAUGAAAAUACAUCGGAGUUGAAGGUGCUUGAUGUGAAAAUUUCCCCGGCGAGUGCUAAAGGCGAUCACUAUGCGAGUGUAAUGUUUCGGGGUGCCGUAACAUAUACCUGUCGCAAUCAAACGUUUACCAAAUCGCUGAUUGUGAAGACGAUGCCCGAGCAGGAGGGUCACAAAAAGGAUAUGUUGGGCGAGUCGCGUAUUUUUGAAACGGAAAUCGGCAUGUAUUCGGAAAUGCUCCCCAAAUUUGAGAAAAUAUUGCGAGCAGCCGGCGAUAACACUGUCCUGCACGUGCCUUGCUUGUUUUACAGUCUCAAGCCGCGAAAAGUGAUGGUAUUUGAAGAUUUGGUGCCGCAAGGCUACUAUGUAUUACGAGAUCGAUCUAUGAAUAUUGAGGAAUUAAAAUGUGCGCUCUCAAAACUGGCCAAAUGGCAUGCCGUCAGCUUCAAGUUGUUAAAGGAAGAUGAGACUCAGUUUGCUAGCUACAAGGACGGCAUUAUGGAGAUACCCAAUUUUAUGGAGGACCCAUUUGUAAAAAAUGGAAUAGAUCUUUUUAUAAGACUUCUGGACAAAGUUCCUGAAUUGAAACGUUUCAAGCCAUAUUUUGAACAAAAGCGCGGCUCUUAUUUGAAAGAAUUAGAAAAUGUGCUCUCCGAAUAUCGUUUGGAUCGGAAACCGAACACGUAUACGUACUCAGUCAUGGUGACUUUCAUUUACGGAACAUGAUGUUGAAAAAUAAUGAAACAACCGGUGCCUUCGAGGACUGCAUGUUGUUGGACUUUCAAAUAUCUAAUGUUUGUCCAUUCACUGUCGAUGUAGUUUAUUCAUUUUA